GGGUUGGAGGGGAAUAUGAUUGAUGGCUGCUUGUUUCUUCACAACUCUAUCUCUAUUCUCUGCGACUCAUCCACCACCACCUCCAUCUCCAUCUCCUUGUUGUCGACUAAGUUCACAUCCACUCAACAAAAACACACUUUUCACUAGUACUAUUGGAUUUGCUCGAUCACAAUGUCGCAGUGUUGCGAGCACAAGGAUUGACAGCCCUUCUACGGUUGGUGAUGACGAUAUCCACGCACUGUUGCAGAUUCUUCCACAUGAUUUGCGCCACAAUCUUUUAGAUGACUCCAAUCGGCAUCACCUUCUGGAGGUGAUAUUGGAUGUGGGCAGGCCACCACAAGCAUGUUAUUUUGGUGAUCUUGGCAGGCGCUGCCUUAGGAAGAGGGAGGUGUCCAAGGAAGAACUGGAAUAUGCACAAAAUGCAAUCGGAGAAUUAGGAGGUGAUAAUAGAGCUGGAAUUGUAGGCACUCUGCAUCGAAUAUCUGCAAUCAGGAACAAGAAUGGAAAAGUUAUUGGUUUAACUUGCAGAGUGGGGAGGCCACAUAGAGAGAAUAUGGACAUGGUCAAGGACUUGCUUGAGUAUGGUAAAAGCAUCUUGUUUCUGGGAAGGCCUGGUGCUGGAAAAACUACAGUCAUGCGAGGGAUAUCUCGUGUAUUGUCAGAUGAACAUCUAAAGAGAGUGGUUAUUGUUGAUACAAGUAAUGAAAUUGGAGGUGAUGGAGAUAUUCCACAUCCAGCAAUUGGGAGAGCACGGAGAUUGCAAGUUUCUGAACCAUGCAUGCAGCACAAAGUGAUGAUUGAGGCAGUAGAAAAUCAUAUGCCUGAGGUGAUAGUUAUUGAUGAGAUUGGCACAGAAGCUGAAGUGCGUGCUUGUCGUACUAUUGCACAGAGAGGAGUAAUGCUUAUUGGUAGUGCUCAUGGCAAGCGAAUCGAGGAUGUUAUAAAAAAUCCCACUCUUUGUGAUUUGAUUGGAGGGCUAGAAACAGUGAUUUUGAGCGAUCAAGAAGCAAGGACCAGAAAUUGCAGGAAAAGCAUUAUUGAGAGAAGAGCUGCUCCAACAUUUCCUUUUCUUAUUGAAAUGAGGGAAAGACAUUACUGGGUGGCACAUCGGACUGACAAGAGUGUGGAUGCAUUGCUUCGUGGGAAAAAGCCACUGGUUGAGGUAAGACGCAGAGAUGAACAAUUUAAGGUUGUGAUGGAGAGAUGGAAAAGUGAUGACUAAAACUGCCAAUUCUUGCUCCUUGAUCAAGAUAGAGGACAACAGGCUACAAAAUUGUGCAGUUGUGCUUGGAAAUUAUUUGUAGAUUCAAGUAGCUGGACAGGCUGAAUGGUGUGUGCUCAUGGAGUUUUGUUACUUGUUACGGCAAUGAACUGAUGAUGUUGAUGCUGUAGAAUUUUCUUCUUCCUUUGUUUGUUGUUAUUGGUGGAAGUAAUAUGUAAAAAGUAUUUAUCUGUACAGAUGGAUGUUGUAAAUUGUGGGAUAAUGAAUACAAUAUGACACAUGUUAUAAAAA